UAACAGACUACUACUACUAUACUUGUGUGUUCAUUUGUUUUUGUCGUUUUCUCAGAAGCUGCGCUCGCUUGUUUCCCGACGAAUCCGCCGCACAUAUUCACCGGCGACGAGUGAUAAAUCCGAGAAUCGCGGCACCAAGAGGUACAAGUCCAGUGAAACGAUGAUGGCUGAAGAAGUAGGCGCGCUCACAUUCCCGAUGUCGAGAGAAUCGGAGUCCGCUUCUCGACUCAAAACCAUAAUCUCCGAUAUGCUUCCUCGCUUCUCCGACAAUUACAUCGACGACGUCUUCUCAGAGUAUGUUACAGUGCUUGUUUGUAAUGGAAAGAGUCAGAGCCAGGCAAGAGAAGAUUUGGACCCUUUUCUUGGGGAGAAAUCUCGGGGAUUUGUUGCCUGCUUAUGGGAGCUUCUUCUGGAGUAUUUCUCUCUAGAUAAACAAGAAAAUUUGGCUUCUGAACCUAGGACUGGUGUUGACUUUGGCUCUCAUGAUACUCCAAUAGAACAAGAUUUAAGCUCCAGAAAGUAUGAUGAUUGUGACCAGAAGAAAGCUACCGUUGCUACUAAUUCGAUGAAUGAACAGCUGAUAUCACCUACUGCUCCCAUUGAAGACGUUGAGGGUCAUGUAUCACCAAAAGUUGAAAAAAUGAAGAUGUUACGAGAAGAGCCCAUUGAUAUUCCUUGUAGAAGGGCACGAACAAAAGAGAAAGAUCGUUGGAACUCAUCUGGUUACUCUAGAAAAAUACUGCGAUCUGUCAUCGUGGCCAUUAAACAACCUUGUGGUAGGAAUACUGCUAGAUAUGAAAAGUCCAUGGAUGAAAGGAGUAGAACUCUACAGAAGCGCCCAUACUUGCCAGAAAGAGAAAUUGGUUCUCACUCUAUUCCUUCAGGAGGAGCUGUGUCUGCAAGAUCCAUCGAUGCAUCUUCGCACCAAGAAACGAUGCCUCGUGCUAGUGUUUGGGAUCGUUUAGGCCGAGCAAGCUCCAAACGUGUUCGUGACACAGAAACCCCUAGAUUGCCUACGUUUGGCAUCCAGGCACAGGAGAACAAAGUGGUUCAGCAGCAUGUACCACCAUUCCCUGCAGCGUAUAGUGAACAGUAUAGCGAGACAUAUCAAAGAGAAAUUCCUGCAGUUGGUUACAGGCACGGAGUUUGCCGAUCCGAUAUAGCUAAGAAACCCAAGAGUGGAACUAUCACAUCUUCUGAACCUCAUACCGCGUACAACCUCAGUAGAAAGAGGCGUUAUGGCAUCAUCAGCGCCAAUUCAGGAGAGUUUAGUAAUGUUCUCCAAAAUAAAGAAGCUGAACAGGAUGUUGAAAAGCCAAGCCUGCUCUCCUAUCAGUCCCCAAAGUCAGAGCUUUUUUCAGAAAUAAAGAACGUGAAAGAAAAGCUGCAACAACUAGAACUCCGAAUUAAUCAAUCAAAGCAGUUGAAGAAACAGAAAGUUGAAGAAGUCCAACGCUCACGACAAUCUGGGGAGUUGCAAUAUCAGCAAGAUAACACAGAAUCAAGAAUUAUACAUCUUACCAACGUACACUAUGCAGCAAAGAAAGAAGCUAUAUCAAUGUUCUUUAGUAGCAAGUGUGGAGCUGUCGAAAACGUCACAAUAGUAACUGAUCCAGUAACUCGGCAUCCAAAGGGUACUGCUUUUGUGACUUUUGCCACAACGGAGUCAGUUGACAAAGCAAUAGCUCUGAGCGGCACAAUGUUCUAUUCAAGACCCAUCAAGGUUGCAAGCAUCGUGAUAGCUUCUGGAGUAGUUUCAGCACCACAGAUUUUUACUGGCAGUUAAACCCAAAACAACAGUUUGGUAAUACAAACAGAGGGCGUGAACCAGGAAAAAAAAAAAAAUCCUUAAUAACGCAGUUAUACAGUCCCUACAGUAGUAAACGAGAGAAAGUCACAAUCAGUUCCACUUUAAUAAGGUUUUUAGCUUAUUAUGAUCGGAUUUUAGCUCAUUAUUACGUUUCAUGGAACACAUAGUGAAGGA